CUGGCAGGUCCCUCAGUGCGAGAAGUGAGGUUACUUCUCGGUUGUCGUGACUGCCCUGUGGAACGCCCUCCCACCAGAUGUCAAGGAGAUAAACCAUCAUACGACCUCCCUAGACGCCUGAAACGCCUCCCCCGCCCCGUGGAUGUUGCAGGAAAGUAAAUGAAAAUCCCGAUGGAGGACAAAGAGGCAGUGUCAGAGUGACUGACAAGCUGAGAUACAACCCAUCAUCAUCCGAUGACAGUGACUGCAUGAAUCUUCCCAGUCAAAGGACCCAUUUUCAUGAUAGACAGUGCCUGGGGCUGGAGGCUCUACACACCGGGUGUGCCUGUGCAGGCCAAAGACUGCCAGUAUUAGCACAGGUGAGGGCUUGACUUCAGGUGCAGCAGAAUUCCCCAGCCCCCCAAGGAUUUGAGACCUAUCAGCUAUCCUCACCUCGUUUUGCCGGCCGGUUGAAGCCAUUCCUGGGAUUGUGGCCCCUGAUUCAUCCUGACAGCUUCUGGAAGGCACAGGAUUUGCUUUCCUCCCACUCUGAAGAAGGUGAUGGAGAAAACAUUCAGAAAUCCAGGGGAUGGGGCACCUUUCAUUUCAUUAGGAAUAGAAAUUAAAAUGUGUGAAAUGUGGAAUAUGCUUCAUUGAAUGAGGACACAUAGCUCACAUCAAUGACUCCGAGAGGAGAAGCCAUUUAAAGGUAUGGAGAGUGGGAAACAUUUCACUGAUAGUCGAAAACUUAGAACACAUCAGCGGACUCACAUGGGCAAGAAAGGAUUCCAAUGCAGGGAGUGUGGGAAGAACUUCAGUCAGAGAGGACUCCUCAAUAUACACCUGCGGACUCACACAGGGGAAAAACCAUUUAAAUGCAUGGAGUGCGGAAAAAGCUUCCGUCAGAGUGGACACAUAAGUGCACAUCUACGGACUCACACGGGUGAAAAACCUUUUAAAUGCAUGGAAUGUGGAAAAAGCUUCAGUCGGAGUGGACAUUUAAGUUCACACCUACGGACUCACACGGGUGAAAAACCAUAUAAAUGUAUGGAGUGUGGAAAGAGCUUCAGUAAGAGUGGACACCUCAGUAAACAUCACCAGACUCACACAGGGGAGAAACCAUAUGAAUGCAGGGAGUGUGGGAAGAGCUUCAGUCAGAAUGCAGACCUUAAAUUACACCAGCGAACUCACACUGGUGAAAAACCAUAUAAAUGUAUGGAGUGUGGAAAGAGCUUCAGUCAGAGUGGACACCGCAAUAUGCAUCAACGGACUCACACAGGGGAGAAACCAUAUAAAUGUAUAGAGUGCGGAAAGAGCUUUAGUGAAAAUGGAGCCCUUAGAAUACAUCAACGGACUCACACAGGGGAAAAACCAUUUAAAUGUAUGGAAUGUGGAAAGAGCUUCAGUCAGAAUGCAGACCUUAAAAAACAUCAACGGAUUCACACAGGGGAGAAACCAUAUAAAUGUAUGGAAUGUGGAAAGAGCUUCAGUUUCGAUGCAGGCCUUAGAUCACAUCAACAGACUCACACAGGGGAGAAACCAUAUGGAUGUAUGGAGUGUGGAAAGAGCUUCCAUCAGAUUGGAACACUUAGAAUACAUCAACGGACUCACACAGGGGAAAAACCAUUUAAAUGCAUUGAGUGCGGAAAGAGCUUCAGUCGAAAUGGAUACCUUAGAACACAUCAACGGACUCACACAGGGGAGAAACCAUAUAAAUGUAUGGAAUGUGGAAAGAGCUUCAGUUACGAUUCAGGCCUUAGAUCACAUCAACGGACUCACACAGGCAGGGGAAAACCAUAUGAAUGUAUGGCAUGCGGGAAGAGCUUCAGUCAAAAAGGAGACCUUAAAUUACACCAGCAGACUCACACAGGGAAGAAUCCAUUUUAAUGCAUUGAGUGCGGAAAGAGCUUCAGUCAGAAUGGAGACCUUAAAACACAUCAACGGAUUCACACAGGGGAGAAACCAUAUAAAUGUAUGGAGUGUGGAAAGACCUUCAGUAAGAGUGGACACCUCAAUAUACAUCAACGGACUCACACAGGGGAGAAACCAUUU